AUGGCCUUUUUCAUUGGAUGGGAGCUCUGGCAGCAAAUGACCUUUGUCCUCGCCGGCCUCAUAGCAAUCGUCUUCGUUAUCGGAUUCCUGAAGCUAUGGCGAACUAAUCAGUUAUUGCGCCACUACGAGCUGCUCGACGAAGAGAAACGCGCCCGACGCGCCGAGAUGCAACAAUACGGCAUCGAUAUACCGGCCGUGAACGAUAUACCGUUUGGCUCCCGAGCGAUACAGAGCGGCAUAGAGGUCGAUGAGAUUUGGAUAUCUCGACCAAACACCCCGGCGCCCAGUCAGCGUGCAUCAUGCGCUACAAUAGUCGACGAUAUUUCGAUAGACGGCACUGCGCCAGUUCUCGAGGGGUCUUCUUGUAUACGCAACGCCUCGGAAGGCAGCUACGGAAAAGGAAAGGCUUGCGCACAGUCCGGCACAGGAUCCUCUAAGAUGUUGAAGAGGUCUACUCUGUCAGAGCAGCACUUGAGCGACUCGACGACUCUAAACGGAGAAGGCCCCAGUAAACCACCGCCUGUGUCGAGAUCUGAGGGAUCUAGUCGCCCUAUAAAUAUGACCAAGGCCAAGCGUCACUGGAGUAGCAUGCAAGCUGCCAGCAAUGCUGGUUCUAUACCCGCGGAAGAAGCAGCGCCGGAUCCGAAGUCUGAGCCCGUCCCUUUCGGAACGGCCGAGGUAUUUGCCAAUACUCGCACCAGGCGCACUGUCUCGGGCUUCGAAAUACUUCCGGCCGGGUCACUUGGGGAGCGUGUCGAACUUCACGCGUCGGUGCGUCACAGUGAUGAUCUUUCACGGCCAAAGGAGGAAGCGCGCACCCCGAACAAGCUGCAGAAGUCCAGGCCAAAGGGGCAAACUAGGCAUACGAAGAUGUGA